AUGCCGAGCGAGAUCGUGCCCACUGCAAGCUUGCCGCCCGAGGCGAGCAUCUCUCUGCCGCUCAGGCUCAUGUCCAAGGGUCCCGGCUACCUCCGCAGUCAAAUGGAGGGGGGCGGCAGAGGUCGGCAGAGCGCCGUGGAGAGACUGGCUGCCGACAAGGCCAAGCACUUGAAAGCGAGGGGGUGCAAAGUGGAGCCCAAUGGUUUGGGCAACUCUGCCUCCGAGGAAGGCAGCGGCAGCGGGGCCGGCAGCAACAUGAAGACUUACCUGGCCUCCGGCAGCCCCCAGCAGAGCGGGCAGCUGGGGCUCCGGCCUGACAUUGUGCGUCGUUCAAGCUCCAAGAGGCGGCUCAGGCCUGACUCGCUGGUCAUGUACAGGCAGAAGUGCGAGUUUGUGCGAGGAGCGGCGGCCACCAGCAGCGCCCGCAGUUUCAAGGGCAGUGGCAGCCUGGUCCGGCGGCUGCUGCCUGGCUCUAGCAGCCGGGGCGACAAGCAGCAGGGGCUGGCAACGGGAGCAGCAACGUCGGAAGGGGGAGAAUUAGCAGAGGCUGCAGCACACACGGGUGCACAAGUAACUACACCAGUAGCACACACGGGUGCACAAGUAACCAAGUCGCCAUGCAGCAUCCCAGGAAGCAACAGUCGCCACGCCAGCAGCGACACGAGAAGCAGCAUCAGGUCGCCCCAAGGAGCCGCUCAAGCGACAGGUUAGUGAAGGCAGAUUAUGGUCCUCACACUCUGACCUCAGCUGCCGCUUCUCCCAAGCCUGCUCGGGCUUGGACAGUUUCUUCGAGCACUGUGGACUCGAGCCUGAGGUGAUCGAGAACCUGGCCAGGGAGAAGUUUUCCGCCAACGCCGCCUUCGAAAGCCUUACCCUCAGGUUUUGCGGUGUGAAAGGCCAGUCCCACUCGGGUGACAUUUUUGGCGACAGCCUGUAAAAAGGUUGUCGAGUCGUGGUUGGGUCGUGACGCGGCCUGAUGCGUGCUGAUGCUGGUAGUGACACGCGGUGUCUCCCUGUCACCUCUGGAUUUUGG